UUGUUUUUUACAAAAAAAAUUUGUAGUUUUAUCUGUUCUACACUUCAGUCAGAUUUUCAGAAGGCGAUCAUAGAAUGCGAAGAAGAGUAUGCCGAUAACAAAAAGCUCAUUGAAAUCAAGGAUUUAAGACGGCAAAUUCCAAAGGGAUUCAGUUACUUUGCAGUAGAUUUCGGUUUGAGCAAUGGAUUUGCUCACGUUAUUGAAAACAACGAGACCUUUCCUUCAACAUUUGCCCAUGAGAUCAUUGCGGGAAUGCUUGAUUUGCCUGCUAACAAGUGGAGACAUCGGAAAGCACAAGAGUUCUCAGUAUUGAAAGCAAAGUGCGAUGCAAUGAAAGCCGCUUGGGAACCGUAUGAUUGGACAAAAAAGAUAGACAGAAAGAAUAGCUGA